GAUAUUUGGUGUACUUUUUUUGGUUUCAGCUUCGUCUGCAAUGGAAGAAACCGUUGCGAAUAAAACGCCUCAGAUCGGAGCAAGCUGCUCAACAUGUCCCCCAAUUCCGGAUCGUGAAGCUUUUCAACGUGCCCUACGAGAAUAUAAUCAGAAAAUCAGCGAAAUAACACAAAAAGACAGACUGCAAUCGGAUAUCGAAAAUGAUUUGAUGUACCGAGAUGAGGAGAGAUUAGCGAUGCGUUUGAAUGAGCUGGAAAAUGCAUACAGACAAACGAAAUUUGCAUCGAAUCGUGCCGAAAGAGUGCUGGUAAAAGAAAUUGAUAAGCUGAAACGAAAUCAAACAAAGCUAGCGCAAAAUGUGCUGAAAUCAAUUCGCGAAAUAACCAAUCAGCUACAGGAGACCGACGAUGAACUGAGGUACCAAAGGCGUAAUUUUCAGCAGCUCAAAGAACGCCUGCGCGAUCUGUAUCAGAUGAAAAAAGAGCUCGUUGAGAGUUACAAUGAGGAAAGAAAGGAGUACAAAGACUGGUGUACCGCGAAACGCAAUUCCGGCUCUUUUUCGCUGCACCCUGUGGAUUAUGGCUAUCCAGCCACAUAUCCGUCAGCACAUCGCAGUCAAGCUUAUGGUAAGAUUUUUUAUCGCUUUACAAAAAAAAUCAGAUAAUG